UUUCAGAGUUGGAAAUGCUCACACAUCGUAACCUACGCACUCUGUGGCUUCUGCUGCUUCUCCAUGCCUGUGGAAGUGCAAUGAAAUUCAACCUGUUUAGAAAGCCUUGGCCACGGGACGGUGACGUGAGGCUGUCCGGCUCCCAGAGUUUUUCAGAGGGCCGUGUGGAAGUCUACCAUGAGGGGAAAUGGGGAACAGUGUGUGACGACGACUGGGACUUAGCUGAGGCCCAGGUGGUGUGUCGUCAGCUCCACUUCCCCGGGGCCAAAUCUGUCGUCCUUGGGAAGGACUACGGAGAAGUGUCUGGACCUAUUUGGCUGGAUGAUUUGAACUGCAAAGGCACAGAGAACCAGCUGUCUGCUUGUAAUUUCAUUAACUGGGGAACAACUGACUGCUCCCACAAAGAAGAUGUUGGAGUAAUUUGUGAAACAGACAACGCAAUCGAGACCAUGGUUGAUUCCGCACACUCGCUGGACCACAGCAUCGGUCUGUCUGAUGACCUCGGUCAAAUCUUUGACAGUGGGAAAGGCUGUGACUUCCUGAUCUCAGUCCAGAGUGCGACUGGAAACAGGCGGGACGACGGGACCGCGGAGACGGUUGGGACGUCGAUUUGUGCGCACAAACUGAUCCUCUCGCGUUUCCCGCUCUUCAACGCUUCGGAGGGGACCGCUGGCAUCACGGUCAGCAUCAGCCAGACUUGCCAGCCACAUUUCACCUCCUUCAUCAGGUACAUUUACACCCGCAAGAUGGAUGUGACCUUCUCUUCUGUGCAGUGCCUCCACUGGAUGGCUUCUCAGUUUGGCAUAGAGCAGCUGAUGGAGGACACAGGCCGACUGUUCUCUAAAAUCCUCCCAGAGGACACUUUGUUUCACACCCAGGUGUCCCUUUACGAAUACGCGAUCGAGACAGGGGACUUGGUCCUCCAGGAGAACUGUCUUCAGUAUCUGGCCUGGAACUACCAAAAUCUGACUAGGUCCCCUGCUUGGACCAACCUCACCGUUGAGCUCCUCAGAGCCCUUUUAGCCCGCUCCGACCUGGUGGUGCCAAAUGAGUAUUUUCUGCUUCAGACCGUGCAGAGCUGGAUCACAGCAAAGGGCAGUUCGACCAGUUCGAAAACCCAGGUUGGCCUGUUGAGUCUCAUUCGUUUCCCUAUGAUCCCUGCUGAGAAACUGUAUGAACUGGAGUCCAACACUUCUCUGUACAGCGCUCAUGAGAAUAUGUAUCGUGAAAACAUGUUGAAAGCAUUCCAGUUUAAUGUUUUGCUCUUCAAUAAUCUUCCGUCCAACCCAAAGUUCAACAAAGAAGAUGAUGAUUACCAGCCCAGGAUCUACACCGCUGAGCCAUGGAGCAUUGCUAUUGCCUCUUCGACAACAACUCCAUCAGAUCCGGUCCGAACCCACUAUCCUACAUUCAACAGCAGGAAUCGUUAUAACUAUGGCUAUGACCGCCAAUAUUCUUUCUAUCCCACUGUCCGUCCGAACGGCCCAACCUUAACCCAGUCAUUCAGCACACCUGUCCACAACAGCCUGAUCUUUAAGAACAACAAGAUUCGCUGGGAGGCAAAUGUCUUCAUGCACCAACGCGAAUGUUCAAACCAGGGGCUGAAGUGCGAUUCGCUCCCUUUGGCACGGCUGGCCACCCAAGGCCACACCAGCCAGCAGAGCAAAGUCCUAUUUCGUAACCGGCUCCUGUUGAUGUGUCAAGGCAAGUACAUCUGUCACGUUCAGGACUUCAAGGUCAACCUGGCUCAUAUCACUGCAAAUGGGACCCAUGUUGUUGCCUAUCCCUGUCCUGGGGACCAGUACACCUACCACUUUGUUGUGAGACCACAGUACAUCUGAUCCAAUAGCAGAGCCAGGCUGAAUAUUUCUCACAUCUGAUCAAUUUGUCUUCUUGUGUUUUUGUGAUUUUUUUUUCUUCAGG